AUGUUUCCAGAACUCGCGACAGACGCUAAGCUUUUCGCCAUUGAAUCUUGUUCACGUAAAUCAGCUGAUUUUACAGCAAUCGACUUGGCGAACUUCGUCGAUGCAAAAUUCUACGAGCUAACACAAAUUUCAAAACUCAAUGAUGCUCCAGUUCGUUCAGUCGAGAGUUAUCGUUUAGAUCUUCGACGUUGGGGUGCCAAAUUUCAACCAAAUACUCAAAGGCCUUAUUUCGAAGGUCAUGAAAGGCAAGAUGUAAUCGCUCAUCGACAAGAAUUCAUUUCUUAUUUUCUUCACAGGAAAGAUUUGUAUUAUACAAUAACCGAUGGCGAUCAGCCUGUAUGGAAAAUUCCUUCACAUAAUCCUUCCAUUCUUAUCUGUAAUUCAUGA